GUUAUAUACGCAUGGAUUACCUGAAUCGAAGAAUUAAGACAACUAUACUCACAGCUCAUUGCGGCCAUGGAGCCUAUAGUCCACCCAGUUUUCGAACACCAAACCUCCACCUGGCAGUAUAUUGUCGCAUGCCCUGAAACCUGCGAAGCCGUCAUCAUCGACCCAGUACUAGACUUCCGCCAGGAGCACUUAGCAAUCGAUACAACAUCAGCGGACGCACUUUUAGACUGCAUCAAUUUACACAAGUAUAAAAUAGUCCGACUCCUCGAGACACACGCGCAUGCCGAUCACCUUACUGCAGCAUCGUAUCUGCAGGAUCGAAUGCAAGAGCAAGGCAGACGAGUCCCUAUCUGCAUUGGGCGACGGAUUCGCGAGGUCCAAGACACGUUCGCUACCCGAUACGGCGUUCACGCCGACGAACUAGACAACGCCUUCGACCAUCUACUGCAGGACGAUGAAACCUUCCUCAUUGGAAAUCUCUCCGCAAAAGUCUUACAUUUGCCGGGGCAUACCCCGGACCAUGUCGGCUACCUGAUCGGUAGUAGUGUCUUCACAGGCGACUCUAUUUUCAACCCCGACGUCGGCAGCGCUCGCUGUGACUUUCCCAAUGGAGAUGCCCAUGCCCUUCACCAAUCCAUGCAAAAGUUGCUUGAAUUGCCACCCGAGUUCAAGCUGUAUACCGGCCACGACUAUCCACCUUCCACUGCUGCACCAAGUCGAGAGCCGAUGCCUUUCGCGACUGUGGAUGAGCAGCGGAAGCGGAACAAACACGUUGGGGAAAGCCGCAAUGAGUUCGUUCAGUGGAGGCAGACAAGGGAUUCGGGGUUAAAGGAGCCAAAGCUACUCCAUCAGGCUCUGCAAAUCAAUAUUCGCGGAGGAAAGUUGCCUCGGAGCCCCGAUGGUAGCCGGAGAAUUUUCUUGCAUAUUCCUGUUACAUUGUCGGAGACGCUGGCUUGAUUUACGUAAGAGGUGGUCGCGCAAUGUCACCAUGUUUGGGUUUCAGAUCCUUCGAUUUUCAAAGGUCGUUUUUUUUGUGUUCUCCGCUGGGAGAUGGAUAAGAAAUCACGACGUACACAACACUGCAGGUAUUGAAGAUGAUUCAGAUAUUCGGGAGGUUAUUAUAUAUUAUGGAUAGGAGGACGUCAAAGUACCACUCGGUUAAGCGUAGCAGAGCCCGUGGAGAUUUAAUCAAGAAAAGACAAAGUAGAAACUAUGUAUCAAGGAGCUCUAGCUAUACUAGAGUCAUAAUUAGCCCCAGGACGGGGUAGAAUGUGAAAUUAGCAAGUCAAUUAGUAGAGGUUGGGGUUUUGAAGAUGACCCCUGGGCAAGUUCA